UGACCCAAGCACGUGGACGAUGCGAAACUCUCCUUGCUCAGCAGAACAGGCGCCUAGCAGUACAGCAAACCGUUACAUCGCACGUGUGUGAAACAUCGCGUAUCCUUGGAGUGUGAGGAGCCGAAACAUCCCAGCGAACGAGUAGAGGACCUGCUAACGGACGCAGGAACAACAGCUCUAGUGAGAACCAGCAAAACAAACCCCCGGGGGUGUUGCUUGUCCUUGUCGUUAACCCUCGCAGGCGCGUGAUGUCCAGCAGCACGCAGGACUGCAUGCCUACCCGUGGUAACGGCGAGAUGAAGGUCGUCAAACAGGAAGCCCCACAAUCAAUCAAAACCCCGCUAACCGAACCGGCCGCCAAUUCGUCCACCGGAAGUAGCAACAGCGCGCCCACCUAUCAAAAAGCCGCCCCCGCAACCAACAACCGCACCCGGCGCAUUUCGAUGUCCUCGCCGGUGUCCUCACCGUCGCCGACACCCGCGUCCGCCACGGUGAAGCUGAGCAAUGGCGCCACCGGUAAGGGUGCUCUGGCGAAUGCGGCCGCGGCUGCGGCUGCCAAUGCCACCGCUUCCGCCACCGCCAUUGCUGCGGCAGCGGCCGCGGCCGCGAUCAGCUCGUCGGGAGGUAGCUGCGGGGAACCGAGCGGGAUUGGGCUGCCCGUCGCCAACACCGCCAACUAUCACAACUUCAUCGGGCGGCUCAUCAGCAAGGACAACAUGCUGCUGAUUAGCGAGGACGUGAUCGAGGUGGGCCGGAACUCGUCCAAGUCGAUGGUGGACUUCCACGUCGGCAAGAACAGCUUCAUCUCCCGCAAGCACUUCAUCAUUCAGCACGACAUGAACGACGAGUUCACGCUGUUCUGUUUGAGCAAGAACGGUGUCUUCAUCGACAACGUGUUCCACCGCAAGAGCGACGAGCCGUACAAACUACCAAAGCUCUGCAGCAUUCGCUUCCCAAGUACAAACAUCAAGAUCCAGUUCGAGAACCUGAUCGACCAGGCCAACAAUGGUAUCCUGGUGGAUCUGAACGAGCACACACCGGUCAAGAUCGGUACCGGACCAAUGGGUGGUAUCCCUCUGCACGUCGGUGCCAUUUCCGGUCUGCCGAUAGGUGGUGCGGCGCACGGUAGCGGUGCGUACGGUGCCACCAUCAUCGGCCACGGUGGUGCCGGUGGUGCAGGUGGUGGCGGAGGUGGUGGUGGCGGCGGUGGCGGUGGUGGUGGAGGCCACUAUCACCAUCGUGGUGGCAAAUCGCCAUCGUCGAGCGUCAUCUACGCGCCGUUAAAAAUUUCGAUUCCCGCCGAGCACGGUCCGUCCGGAACCGGUGUCGCCCUGCUCGGGGACGUCCCGCGUGGCCAUGGGCGUGGUGGGCACGGUGGCAGUGGUGCCGGAGGACGCACCAGUGACAUGCACGGUGCGAGUGGCAGCGGUUACCCUUCACCGACGGGUACGAUCAGUGCCGCCAACAGCUGCCCCACUAGUCCACGGCAAAACGUGCACGAGUUUGCCCAAUACAAUAGCAACCAUCAUCACCAUCACCAGCACAGCACCGCCAGUGCGGUUAGCAACAACAAUAACAACAACUAUUGCGAAUUUCAAGCACCGGCCACUCAGUCGAUGGAGAGCGAUAAACCACCGUACAGCUACGCCCAGCUGAUCGUCCAGGCCAUUUCGGCAUCGCCGGAAAAGCAGCUCACACUCUCGGGCAUCUACUCGUUCAUUUCAAAGAACUACCCGUACUAUCGGACCGGCGCGAACAAGGGCUGGCAGAACUCGAUUCGGCACAACCUGAGCCUCAACCGGUACUUCAUCAAGGUACCGCGAUCGCAGGACGAACCGGGCAAGGGUAGCUUCUGGCGGAUAGACCCAUCCAGCGAGCUGAAGCUGAUCGAUCAGAGCUACCGGAAGCGGCGCCAGCGCGGUUCCCAAUGCUUCCGCUCGCCCUUCGGUAUGCCCCGCUCGGCACCGGUUUCGCCCAGCUACACCGAUAACUCGCGCGAGGGCUCACCGAUCAAUGAGGAGCUGCUCAUGUCGGCACCGGGCUCCCCAGGACCUAACAACAGCGGCUACCAUCCUCCCAGCAACCACGAAGCUACUCAGCAGCAGUCCUCGUACCAGAAUCAGUACACCGCGUACGCCAGCGGCGAUCAUCAACCGGGUGAGGUGUACGAAGAGGAUGAGCAGCUCGAAUACGAAAGCGACGACUACGAGCCGGGCCUCAAGCGCCAGAAGAUAUAAAACCUUCGAAACCCGCAACCCCCCUUCAUUUAGCCCUCCCUUUUUUUAUUAGUGGGUUGCGAUAACCUGCCCAAGAAAUCCAACCCAAUUCCACACAUUUCAAGCCCGGGUCAGAGAGCAACAUAUUUUUGGGGCACGUAGAACACACACACCCAUCCACACACACACACACCACGAACCACGGAUAGCCUGUGGGGGGAAUGGAGGGCCCUGUUCCAUCCUUGCCCCAUCUUUCCUCCGCAAACUAGGCGCUCGUACGGCUUAUGUUUUAAUUCUUUUUUAACAUUGAAAAGCACGCGGUGUGUGGAGCUUUUUGAGAUUUUGCGCAAUAAUUUACAUAUCCUUCAGUGUAUGCACUCAAGUGGAGUUAAAGAGUCGAAUAGAAGCGCGAGCGGUUAGGAUGCGUUUUUUAUUUUCUCUUUAUUCUUAUCAAAAGCUGCUGUUAGGACUGGCAGCAUGGUUAAAUUCGAGAUAGAGAGAGAGAGAUAUGAAAGGGUGCGAAAAAGCAGGCAGCCAAGAAAAACGAAAGGGUAGUACAUGUAAUGCGUUUGGUUGUUUUGUUCGAUUAAUUUGAACAAAAUCAAUUAUUGUAGAUAGAACAGGCUUUUGUGGCACGCCCCUUUCAAUAUCUCGCUUUCCAAUAAGCAAGAUCCGUUUGUGGUUGCUUUACCGACAUCUGGGAUGGAGUUCUCGUUCGUAAUACCAGGGUUAUUUUUGUCUAAUCACAGUCAAACAUGCCUUGGUGUGAGGAACUUGUUGUAGGACCUUCCGGCCCUAUGUAUCCCUUUGUAAUGGAGCGGACAGAAAUUCCCGCGCCUCGUGCAAUCACACUAGCACGUAUCAUUAUUAUUAUUAUUAUUAUUGUAUAUGUAUGCAUCAUUUGACGGUUAUAAGGAGUAACCACGAUGCGAAUUCACAGAAGAAAAUUACAUACAUUUGCUGUCAAACUCAUAUUGCAAUACAGACUCACAGACUUCAUUAAUUUGGUAAUUCGUGGUAACACCACAUGGAGCAAACUGAACUACGAAUAUGUUUCAGCAGAUGAAAUCAGAAAAGAGAAAAAAGGAAUUGUUCUCAUAUCAAAAAGAAGCCCUCUUGCGUUUUUGUUUUCUUGUUCUUCGCUUGCCUUCCGUUUUGCUAGCCUUUCCAGGAAAGGUCCGUUGUCGUU